AUGUCUGUUCCUGGAAGAAUCAAACCGCUCGAUGUAUCAGUCGUCAACAAGAUAGCUGCUGGUGAAAUCAUCAUUGCCCCAGCCAAUGCUCUUAAGGAAAUGAUGGAGAAUUCCAUAGAUGCUAAAGCUACCUCUAUUGAAAUCUUGGUGAAGGAAGGUGGUAUGAAGUUGCUACAGAUCACUGAUAAUGGUUCGGGUAUUCAAAAGGAAGAUUUAUCUAUACUUUGUGAAAGAUUCACAACUUCAAAAUUAACAAACUAUGAAGAUUUGAAUUCAAUUGCCACGUAUGGGUUCAGAGGUGAAGCUUUAGCAAGUAUAUCACAUAUCGCACAUUUAUCCGUCACAACAAAAACAGAAUCUGACUCUUGUGCUUGGAAGGCAACUUACUCAAAUGGUGAACUAGUCCCAUCAAAACCAAAUGAAUCAAAUGAUCCAAAACCUGUCGCUGGUAGAAAGGGCACACAGAUUACAGUUGAGGAUCUUUUUUACAACGUUCCUUCCAGAUUAAGAGCUUUGAAGUCUUCAAGCGAUGAGUUUUGUAAAAUAUUAGAUGUCAUUGGAAGAUAUGCUGUUCAUACUGAAGGAGUCGGGUUUUCCUGUAAGAAAUUUGGAGAUGCACAUUACUCGCUAACAACUAGAUCUAAUUUAUCGAUAAAGGAGAGAAUAAGGACAGUCUUUGGUUCCAAUAUAGCUAAUGAAUUGAUACCCAUUGAAAUGGAUCCAAUUGAAGAGUAUGGUGUGAUGAAGAUAUCAGGGCAAAUCACUAAUCCAAAUUAUAAUAACAAGAAGUCAGUCCAACCAGUGUUUUUCAUAAAUAAUAGACUUGUUUCGAAUGACCCUUUGAAAAGAGCAUUAACAUCAACUAUUAACCACUUCUUACCAAAAGGUCACAAAUCAUUCAUCUACUUAAGCUUAAUGAUAUCACCUCAAAAUGUUGAUGUAAAUGUUCAUCCAACAAAGAGGGAAGUUAGAUUUCUAUAUGAAGAUGAAAUUAUUGACAAAAUUUGCAUGUCAGUUCAAGAACAAUUUUCUAAAAUUGAUUCAUCAAGAAGCUUUCCAACUCAAUCAUUUUUACCAACAAAACGAUCAAGACAAGAGGAUGAAAAUGAUGAUCAAUUUAAACCGUCACAACCUAUUAUCCCUUCCCAAAAAGUCAAAAGACUUGACUAUAAACUUGUUAGAACAGAUGCUAGUCAGGCCAAGAUAACAACAUUCAUGUCGCAAUCUCAACCAUCAAGAGCUGAAUCUCAAUUGGAACGCCAUGAAGACAUUGAUGAUGAUGACACCACGAUGAAUCAAUCAACAAAUAUCACCAUUAUCGAAGAUGGGACUCAACCACAAGCCAAAUCAACCCAACUGCAAUCACAACCAAAUCAACAGGCCUUCAAAUUUGUCCCAAAGGAAAGAAUCGAAGUCAAUCUACAAAGUAUAUUGGAUCUACGGGAAAAUGUUGAGAAAAAUGUUAACAAUAAACUCACUGAAGUUUUCGCUAAUUUGUUAUAUAUUGGUAUUGUGGAUUCUAAAAGAAGAUUAGCUGCAAUCCAGUAUGAUGUUAAAUUGAUGCUCGUUGAUUAUGCAAGUGUUUUGAAUGAAUUGUUUUAUCAGAUUGGAUUAUCAGAUUUCAGCAAUUUUGGUACGAUUUACUUUGAAGACGAUCACCUGCUACCUUUAAGGGAAUUGUUGAAUCAUGUUUUCCAGCAUCCAAACUUCAAAGAUUCUGAUAAAUCAAUUGAUGAAGUUAUUGAAGUAUUCAUCAACAUGUCUGACAUGCUAUUGGAAUAUUUUUCAAUAGAAAUCACAGAUACUGACACAUCUGACCCAAAAUUGAAAUCAAUUCCUUUAUUACUGAAAAAUUAUACACCACCAUUAAAUAAAUUGCCAUUGUUUCUCUACAGAUUGGGGACAAAAGUCAGUUGGGAAGAUGAAAAGCUUUGCCUUGAUGGUAUCUUGAAACAAUUGGCAUUAUUUUAUAUCCCAGAAUCUUUUGAAUGCAGUGAAAUUUUGAAAGAUGAUGAUCCUGAGAAACCUGCUUUGAUUAACAAGCAUCAAGAAUUGAAUGAUUCACUUGAAAACGUGUUAAUGCCUAUAAUCAAGAAGAAACUACUUGCAACCAAGAACCUAACGAAAGAUGUUGUGGAAAUUGCAAAUUUACCAGGUUUAUAUAGAGUGUUUGAGAGAUGUUAA